GGUUUACGGUCCGCUUUUUGCAUGGUCCGGUUCACCGUCACGACAACCAAGUCAAGAAGUUAACUUCCUUUCGUUUGCUCUAAAACCCUAGAAAACUGAAACCUUGAACUAUCCUUAAACCCUGUCUCCCUCACUGUGUGAGUUAUACAUGCAAAGACAAUAACUUUUACUCUUCCAAGAACCAUGUUACCUGGUCAAAAUUCACGUCCUCAGCAUCCUUCCCAGUUCCACACCAAUGGAACUCCUCCUUCAGCUCCCCUACAGAUUAUGGGUAACCCAGGAAGCUUUAUGCCAAACCCUAUGCAAAUUCAGCCUCAGAUGGCAAAUACCCAAUUUCCAAAUGGGCAGCUUUUGGCAUUCCAAAUGAACCAGAUGAAUAAUGCCAACUCUCAACAAAAAGGUCAAUUCUUGGCACAAAAUGUUGUUAACCCACCUCAAUUCUUGAAUCAGAAUGUUGGUUUUGGUGGUUUCCCCAAUCCAAUGCAAAAUAUUAAUCAGCUUCUGCAAUUACAAAUGGCUAUGCAAAUGGCAAGUUAUGCUCAGGUUGUUCCUGGGAGUGUUCCCAUGUAUCCAAACCAGGUGUCGCAGGGUAUGGGAAUUCAAAAUUCUAACAUUGCUAUGAAUGGGCAUUUGGGUCGUGCGAAUGGCGGUGGAACUGUCCAGCAGCCAAUGAAUGGGAAUUUUUCUAAACAAAUGGGUAAUGUGAAUCAGCAGUCGCCAUUGCUGAACUCUUUUGGCGUUGUUCAACAGCCACAAACUCAGAACUUCAAUGCUCAUGCUUCUGCUAAUUCACAGGUUUCUCAAGGUAUGGGCCCUCCAAGUUCCAACUUUGGAAUGAAUGCACACUUGGGUCUUGUGAAUGGAAAUGUAGCCGUCCAACAGUCUAACAAUGGCUUGUCUAAGCAAAUGCCUAAUGUGACUCAGCAAAUGCAGGGCCAGUUGCCUCUGAUGAAUCCUUUUGGCUUUGUUCAGCAGCCACAAACUCAGAACUUCAAUGCUUCUGCUUCUGCUAAUACACAGGUGUGUCAGGGUGUGGGGCCUCAAAUUUCCAACUUUGGUAUGAAUGCACAUUUGGGUCUUUUGAAUGCCAAUGGAGCUGUCCAGCAAAUGCCUAAUGUGAAUCAGCAAUUGCUAGGCCAGUUACCUCUGAUGAAUCCUUUUGGCUUUGUUCAGCAGCCACAAACUCAGAACUUCAAUGCUGUUGCUUCUACUAAUACACAGGCAAAUCCUGGACGUGUUGUUGGGCUUAACCAAUCAAAAAGCAACCAGCAAAAUUCUUACAAUAGUAACUUCUCUGGGAAUCAAAAGAAUUCAAAGGUUGGCAAAGGGAAGUUCUCAAAUCAUGAUAAAAGCCAUGAAAAAGGUCACCAGAGAAACGGGGAGAAAAAAAUUGGUCUUGAUAAUUCAGUGAAACCUGAGAAGGAGAAAAAGAGAUCUCUGGUGGUGACUUAUUCGGCGCAAGAAAUCCGACGGUGGCGGGAAGAACGCCGUAAGAAUUACCCUUCAAAAGCAAACAUUGAGAAGCAGCUGACGGAGCAAAUGGUAGAGUCCGAGGAUAGUUCGUGUGCUGCCAAGUUGCGCCGUCAGCAACUUAAGGAAAUUCUAGCCAAGCAGGUUGAGUUAGGCUGUGAAGUUGCAGAAAUACCACCAUCCUAUCUGUCGGAUACUGAGAAACAAGCAGAUGGAAGGGAUCGAACAAGGCCACUGAGUAGAAAAGAGAGGUUCCAAAAAAGGUUCAAUAAAAGAGAAAAGUUCAAUCGAAAUGAUCGCUUCUCCAAGAAACGAAGAUUUGGAAAUUCCGAUUCAUCAAGUACUUGUGAUCAAAAGGGUUUUCCUGCAGGAAAAGGGGAUGUGAACCGUAAUUCUGUAACUCAGGUUACAAAAAAUGCAAGGGAACCAACUCUACUACAGAAAUUAUUGAGUUCAGAUAUUCGAAGGGAUAGACGCCGCCUAUUGCAAGUCUUUAGGUUCAUGACCAUGAAUUCUUUCUUUAAAGAUUGUCCAGAGAAACCCCUGAGGUUUCCUCAAGUGUUACUUAAAGAAACAGGGGAGGAAAUUGAAGCUGCUGAAGAAAUAUAUGAUGCUAUCGAUGCAACCAUCGAAAAAUCAUCAGAUGGCAGCGACAGUGACAAUGAAGAUAAUAUUGCUGAAAUUAAAGAAGCAGUUAGUGAGUUACAAGAAAAUGGUAACAAUGAAAGUGAAGAACCUCAAGGAGAGACAGAUCACUGAUUAGUCAAAAACAGCCUGUAUCUGUCACUGUUUAUUGUAUAUGCUUGCUAGCUUCAUCUUAAUUAUGUGUAUAUUCUGAUGUCUAAAUGUCAUGUUGAGGAUUGGAAUUUUAAUUUUCAAGGGUUACAAACAUUUAGUAUUUGAAAUUUUUUUGGUAUGUAGAAUAACAUUGAUGUCUGUUA